AUGCCUCGCCCCACAUCCCGUACGCUUUUCGUAGUCGUCCCUGGUGCCUCUCAAAGUCCUUCCCACUAUGGCUAUCUCCUCCAUCUCCUCCAAAGCAAGGGUUAUCCUACACUGUCCGCCCUACUCCCUUCGACCGGCAGCAGCGAGAAUGUGACUGCAUAUGAUGACACUGAGUACGUGCUUAAGCGCAUGCUCCUUCCCAUCCUCGAUGUUGAGAAGCACAACGUGAUCCUAGUCACGCAUUCCUAUAGCGGUAUCCCCGGCAGUGCCGCUGCCAUGGGCCUCAGCAAAGCAGAGCGCACCGCGCAGGGCAAACCCACGUCUGUGCUGGGCCAGAUCUUCAUUUCCGCGCUGCUGGUGGCCGGUGGGGAUGGAAAGGAUGUUGUUGUGGCAUUGGGCGGACACCCGCCACCGCAUAUUGGUGACCACGCGGGGCUGCUCACUUGUGAUGACCCGGCGCCGCCGCUGUACCAGGACGUGGCACCGAAGCUCGUGCAGGACGCCGUCGUCAUGUCAACCAUGUGUCCCAGCUUCGCAUCGUUUCACAGUCCAUGUCCAAAGGCUUCGUGGAGCUCAGAGCAUUACAAGGGCCGCAUAGCAUACAUUCGCACCGUCAAAGACGUAGGCAUACCUCUUGAGGUACAGAACAUAGUGCUCAAGGGUACGGAUGUAGAGUGGAUUGAGAAGGAUAUUGACACAGGGCAUAGUCCACAGAUCGUGCAGCCGGAGACUCUACUUGACAUAUUUAUUGAUCUGGCCGAGCAGUAG